AUGGGACUCAGAGCCAAUUUUGAAGAGACACCGACGCUGCUAGCACCACCAUCGUACCUUGUCAGCACAUCUGGUUUUGAAACAGAGUCAGCCGCAAACGGACGCAUAGACAUUGCACCGUAUCACACUGCUUGGAAGCUCAUUCUUGCAGCUAUCCUCAGAAGCGUACAAAUUCAUGCUGUCGAUGAUCCCGACAAGGAGGAGGAGCAAGCUGAAACCCUCGUUGGCGUCCUUUGCAAUCUGAGGCUAGUCUCGAGGCUUGUUUACUCAGUCUCCAUGUCGCUGCUUCGACCCAUGUACUUUCCUGAGUACCUCAAAGCCAUCUCAUCAACUGUGUACUCGACCGGUCUCACCCACUCGUCCCUCGAUCAGCCUUGUCGGGAGACACGCGUGCUGGACCACUACAUCUCGUACCGCAUCAGCCGACGCCACCUUGCGUCCCGCUCAUCGCUCCUUCUGAUCAACGACGACGCCGAGUCCGACCAAAGACAGAUGUUACAGGACUUGUUCAAAUGGCUGCAGCCACAAACUUACAUAGAAGACGAGAUCGGCAAAGCGCUCAACAGCUCAAGCCGCGCUUCUAAUGCGGUCCAGUUCGAGGAUCUGCUGGUGAAGUUCAGAUUCACUCGAGCUGCUAUCACUUUACCCUUUCUUGUCGACGCAUCCUUGGUACAGUCGGCAACCUCGAUGCCUAUCACUGUGCGCAAGGAAUGCGUUGCGUUGGAUCGAGCGUCAAGCGAAUCCAUUUUUGUUACUGCGCACAGGCUGCUCGAUCAGCUCAACAAGCUCGUCUUUGUCAGAAAAACACAAGCCGGCAAAGCAUGGUAUAUCUUGGUCGGAGAGACUGGGUGA